GUAACAUUUAGUAUCAGCAGAUCAGUUGUCUAUCGGCCUUUUUCCCUUGCGGUUCACGGUGAAAAUUAAGAGAAAAAUUAAGUGCUACAUAAAAAGAAAUAUAUUAUUAUCAUUGUUUAUUGCAAAUUAUAAUGUGAGCUUAGUGAUCAUUAGGUGUAUAGUGUAAAUAUGUAAAUUAUAAGAGAAAAUUUGUAAAGGUUAAAAGAAAUGGUGCGUGUUCAUUUCAUGUAAUGAUCGGUGUUAUAAAGUAUUAGUGGAAGUGUUGGUGCCAAGGGUUUUUAAAUUAAGUGUGAUAAAUAUGUCAAAAUUAUAAAAAUAAUUAGAAAAUGCAGUGUAAAGUGAAUUAAAAAAAAAAUUCAUUAAAGCUUAAAUGUCGCAUGCACGAAAAAAUACCAUGUAGUGCGUUCGUUUUUUCUUUUGUUUGUUUUCGUUGCGUCCGAACGUUCGUUUUACUUCGUGACUUAAAGUCUGCAUUCAAAGUAAUGGAAUUAUGUAAGCGUUUGCAUACAAAUUGUGUUUCAAAAAAAUAAUUUUCACUAACAGAGUUGUAAUUGCUAUUUACUUUCGAAAAUUAAUGAAAUUUGAUUUAGUUUUAAGUAACUGGCGCUCAACGUUCAGCAAGCAUUUCAUCGCGCUCUAUCAAGUGUAUAGGUGACACUCAAUCGAUCGGUAUGUGUGCACGCCGUGUUAAAGCCCGCAAGCAAAUGUGGAUUCAAGGCGUAGCAAAAAGUGAUAAUACAAGCGCAAAUGAGCAAAGCGAAGAUGUUGAAUUGACUAUGAAAGUUCAAGUGGUGGCUGAUAUUGAUAAUAACUCGAAAGCUAGCAAUGUUGCCAAUAUUUCACGCUUGCCGGAAUGCCACAUGCCAGCGACUACGACGUCGCCUACUAGUACAAGACAAUUGCUCAGAAAUCUGUUGUCCUUCACUUUGAUAACAAUGUUGUACUUGCUUUUGUCUUUACCCGCUCCGAGCUUAAUAGAAGCAGCUCCCGCGCCUUGGUCGAAUGCUUGUGGCUAUACGCUCGCAAAUGACAGUGCGAAUAAGCAACAUGUCAAUAGAACAGCACCGCGUGCGAAGAUACUUUGCGAACUACGUGGCAAUCUCACAAAACAAAAUAAAACCUUAAGACCUUUUAUGGGUCCUAAAAAUGUGUCAAAAGUAUAUUCCAAACACUCAUAUGCAUUUCUAAAAGUUGCCGGAAGAAAAAAUCUCACCUUAAGUACUUGGCACAAGCAUUUGCAAGUUUACGCUCUUACCGUUGACCGUUUACUCGGCCACGCUUCCAAUUACAAAAAAACAUUGCCAAGCACAUUUAAUUCAAAUAAAAGUGACAACAUAACUAACACUAAUCUCCAGCGAUUAGAGCAUCUCAAUAACUCUCUGCGUGGGAUACUCUGUGAUAUCCAAAUGGCUGCCAGCUCAUUGAAAGGUCGUCCAAUUAAUACAACAAUAGAUGUUGUUGCAGCAAAUAAGAGAAUACAACUUAGUACGGAUAAGCGUUCGCAUAAUGAAGAUGUUGAUCGAGUUGAUAUUGAUAUAGUAUAUGAUAAGUUGGGAAAGUUCUUAUCGAACAUGCGGAGACACAUAGGAAGGAUAUACACAUGUCGUGGAAAUAGAAAGGGGAAAGGAAAGACGUCGGAAGCUUCGACGAAUCGGCGAAGAUUACAGGCCAAACAUAAUCAUUCAAAAAAGCCCUAACAUAUUAUAUAAUUUAAUAUAUUUAUCAUGACAAUUCUCCGAACCAUUCAUAACUCAGGCAUUAUUAUUAUAGAUAGGGGAUCGUUAUAUUAUAAUUGAUUCAUUAUAACUAAACUCUAACAUGUUUUCAGUCAGCGAU